UUUAAUUUUCAAUUCACACUGCUCAACCAUUGAAGCUUGGAAUCAGUGCUCGCUAGUGAAGUGUUUGAUCGAAGCAUAGUCACAUACCUUCUCGUUUGACUACGGGCUCCAUAUUGGGGUGGUAGCAACGAGAUUCUAACACCAGAGGAGAACAAGGUUUCGAUCAGGAGUGUGGUAUGCAUUUACCUCAUUCAAAGUUUUGAUUUUUGGAUUGGAGACAAAAUGAGAGUAAUUCAGAAGUUUUUCAUUGCAUCACUGCUCAUGUGGGCAGCCCCUAUUGCAAUAUUAUAUGGUUUUAACCAUAAUCUUCUUCCUGGAACAUCCAGUUUGUCCCCCUACUCUAUGACACUAGUUAGUGGAUUUCUUGCUGUCAUAGCUGUUAAUGUAGUCAUAGCAUUUUACAUAUAUUUGGCGAUGAGAGAACCUGCAGAUAAGCAUGAGCCUGAUCCUAAAUUUCUUGCUGAGGCCAAAGCUAGCAUAAAUGAGUCUACAAAAGAUGAUCAGCAAUCUACACAGCCUCUCAAGAAAGAACAGUAGGAUGGUGUUCUUAGACCUCUUUGUUGUACUCUUUAGCUGCUCAUCUUGGGAAGGAGAGGGGAGAAUGGGGAUGAAGAGAGAAGGUCCUGAAUUUUGUGCCGAUUAUGAUUCUGUUAUGAAGUUUCCAUAUGAUCCAUCUCGUGCGUAAUUUAUGUUUCCAAUGUUAGUUUCAUUGUUUUUUAUUAUAUAUACGAGUUACUUUCAGUUCAGAUCUUCUUCUUUUUUAACCUUUUUUAUGCUCCUUUUUACCAUUUUGGUUUCAAUGCGUUGGAGAAAGUUAUGUGCCUUUUGAUUACUCUACGAUUAAAAAAAGAUGACAACAAAGGAACAACACAUGGGAAUAGGAUCUUAUUACAUAUUCUGCAUAAUUAUCAUUAGUGAUG